CCAACGCCCUGAGGCCAGCUGGAUGGGCAGGCCAUCGGGCUGCUGGAUUAUGGCUCAGUAGGACUGGGUCCCAUCCUGCUCUGCUGUAGAUGGGCAUGCGUGAUCUCGGGAUUUCCUGCUGGCCUUGCCUGAUGGUGGAGAAUGAUUUGAGGUUUAAGGAAGCUAUGUCAGUCAUAAUUCCUUCCUGCCAAGACAGUCACCUUGUGCUGGACCAAGCGUGUUUUCCCCUGGACCCUGAACCAAGCAGGCAGCAGCCUGGCACAAGCCUCUCUGGCCACGCUGUCAGCGCAGACCCACCGGCAGAGAGGACAGGUCAAAGGCAGAACAGAGGGAUGAGGACUCGCCUGGGCUGCCUGUCUCACAAAUCAGACUCAUAUAAUGAUUUCACAGCUAUUCUUCCGGACAAGCCCAACCGGGCUUUGAAACGACUGUCAACAGAAGAAGCAACAAGAUGGGCAGACUCUUUUGAUGUCCUCUUGUCCCAUAAAUAUGGGCUGGCUGCCUUCCGCGCUUUCCUGAAGACGGAGUUCAGCGAGGAAAACCUGGAGUUCUGGCUCGCCUGUGAGGACUUCAAGAAGACCCGCUCGGCAGCCAAGCUGGCCUCCAAGGCCCAGCGGAUCUUUGAGGAGUUCAUCGAUGUGCAGGCUCCUCGAGAGGUGAACAUAGACUUCCAGACACGGGAGCUGACAAGAAGAAAUAUGCAGGAGCCCUCCCUCACUUGCUUUGACCAAGCUCAGGGGAAGGUGCACAGCCUGAUGGAGAAAGACUCUUACCCCAGGUUCCUGAGAUCCAAAAUUUACACAGACCUGCUGUCUCAAACCCAGAGGAGGCUCAGCUAGAGCAGUGAUGGGGCCCUCAGAAACCACGUGCUUCCCGCAACAGUCAAAACCCAUGUCUAAACGUGAAACUUUCUUGGUGUUAAAAGCAGUGGGAAUGAGGAAAGAGGGAGAAGGGGAAGAGGAGGCUUCCAGAGCAUGAUCCAGAUGUGGUAUUAGGACUCUUUGAGUUUCUGUGCUUUUUUUGGUUAGCGGUAGCAUCUUGCAGUUGUUGCCUCUCUCUAGCACAAAACCAUAACCCUCUCUAGUCAUGGGGUCAUCUGUUGGGAAGCCAGGUUUCCUUUAAAAUUAUUACGUUGGUUUGCGUGUAAAUAACACCACUGCACCUUUCCAUCCUUCCAGACGUCUCCCUGGCUCUCACCACUCCCCUGUGUUUGGAAGGGCCCUCAGGGCAGUUCUGAAACUUGUGAGGCCAAGUCCAGUCCAAAGCAUCGUCUCCCACACUGGCUGCUGGGGUCCGGAUCCAGAGACUGUGAGGAAGGAGAGAGGGGAGGGAGAGGAGAAGGCAAAGGCACAUGAUUCAUGUUGCUCCCCGGAGUGGAAAUCAUCAGCGAACUCAGCUCACCUUUCCAUUUUGGUUGCGCAUCUUAUGACACCAGCUGCUACCCCGUCACAGCCCCUCAUCUUCCAGGGAUGGAGACUAAGAGUUAUUUUCCGUAUGACUGUCAAGGAGCUGAGUUUUUCUCAAGAGGAACGUAAUCCCAAAAGCUCUCGCUAGACCUGGUCAGGCAAGUCUUCUAGUACAAAUGAUUGUUUUUCAUUAAUAUCAUUUAUUUGUACUGUAGUUCAGUCUCAGGACCCCAGUCGUCGUUCAGGCUUCAUUGUGCUAGGCACCAUACCAAAACCUAACGCAAAGAGGCUCCUGGCCUCCAGACACAUUAACAAGCUUGGUGGCUUCUCGGGAACGACCUGCCAGCUGUCAGGAAAGAGUCGAGAGGAGGAAUGUCCCAUCUGCCCCGUGCUGAGGUGUAGGAAAAGCACAAGACCUGCCUGCUAUGGCAGAUGGCAUUUUUCAUGUAGUACCUGACCAGCGCACGGCAGGGAGAGGUAACAUGAAAAAUCACAAUUAUAUUUUUGCUACUUACUGAUUAUUGACUGUUGUUGUUACCUACCGAUUGUCCACUGUGGGUUCAAUGCCAUGUAAAGAACUGCUAAAGGCGCAGACCCUGCUGCAUGGUGCUUUGCUUCAGAACAGGAUGCAGGGAAGCAUGCAGCGAGCAGGACGAGCGUCCGGGUGGGAGGUGGUGUGUGAAGGGUGCUUUGGCCCUGUUCCCGUAGCCCGGAGAGCCAGCUGCAGGAGAAGACUCCGUGCAGAUGUGGGUUGUGUCGCACCACCUCUGUGCUCUGCAAUAAUACCUACCAUCUGAAGGCCCCGUUUCUACGGCGUUGCUGUUCCAGCUUAUCUGCUGCCAGAUUCUUACAAUAUUUUCUAGUGGAGAAGCAGACAGCCUGUCUGUGGAUUUGAGCCUGCAGAGCAGAGGUCUAUUUUCUUAAUUUUAUGAGGGCCUGGAAAGUGACACCAUGGUUCUUUUCCUUCUCUCAGUCACCCACAGAUCAGAGGCUGUAAAUCUCUGCUCUAGUUGAGGGCGGUGGCUGGCGAUAAAGGUUUAGUGUAAUGUGGUGUAAACUAGGCAGGCUGAAUUCUAAAGCUAAGCAGAACGUGUUUGGAACGGUAUACAAAAAGCCUGCUUGGAUAUUAAAAGUUACUGUCCAUGUUUUAGAUAGGAAGCAGGUUUUGAGGCUUUUUGUAAGGAUGCUGUGCAGGAUGUUAGGACAAAUAGGUUUAUGAUCAUGAUAGGGGUGGUAAGCGUGUUUGUUUUAUUUUGGAGGUGUAUUCCUGUGGUCUCUAAGACACUAAAGUCUAAAUACGGUGCAAGUGCAAAAUUUAUGUUCAGUAGGGAAACCUGCUUUUCGGUACCUGGUUGGUUGGCUCUAGAAUUCUCCACUUGUUUUGUAGGAAAAGACCAGUGAAAGGUGGGCACUGGAAAGUGCCCCAGAUUCAUCCAAGGGGUCUACGUCAUGCAGUGGCUCAACCGGCCAUGAGUUUGGCUGUUCAUGGGCCCAUAGCUUUAUGGCAAAGAAGGUCUAGUGGGACAGGUCUCUGUGGAAACUCGUGCCAUGCUCUGCAAGGAGUAAAAGACAGAAGCAAAGGAUAGCGAGUCAUGCAUCCAGUGGCUGUCCCCGGUGGUAUCUGGACUACACCAAGUGGAACAGAGACACGUCACCUCUAUAGCCCCCUCCUGCUAUAGCAAAAGGGAAGGAGGAGGGUAAAUCAUCCCACACUGCGGUGAAACGCUCUCAAUGUUUGACCUGCAAGGGAGGAUGCAAAGCCACUGACUGUGAGGGGCUGGAAGAACUCUCCUUUCCAAGAAACACUAUGUCACUACACCUGCACGACACCAGAUGGACUGGGAUCUCUCAGGGGCACAGGUUGCUUUGGCUGAACAGUUCCCCUUGAGAUGGCCUGUGGUGCCAGUUGCACCCAGUGUCACUGCCACCGCAAAAUGGCACAGCGACCGGUGAUUCAACCGCUGCAACGCGGCAGCUCAGCUUCCCAGUGCUGCGGUGUCACAGGAGCUGCUGUGUUGCAAGGCAUGAAGGGAGGCCACCUUGUCUGGCCCUGCCUUCCUCCGUUUCAGCCUCCUCUUUGCACAUGCAAAAAGCAUCCCAGUGCUGCCCUGGGUGUAAGAGACGGCAGCAGCAAGCUUAUGCAGUCAUUGCUUUGAAAGAGAAGGCAGAAGGCCACGUUAACCGCCUUGCGGUGUUUCUCUUAAAGCCACCAAUCCACCUUCUGAGCGGGCUUGGAUGAUGCUGACCUCUAGUGCCAGCCGAUGCAUCCCAGGCAAGGCUUUUCAGCAACGUGCCCUGCAGGCACCCAUGGCCAUGAGGGACCCAGAGACGGCCAGGCCGCGAGGAAACAGCAGAACGAGAUGUUUUUGUCGAGGAAUGAGGAACAGAAACUCAGAAGUGAGGACAAUUCCCAGGCUUCCCUGAUGGCUACAAAGCCUGGUCCUGUUCAGAGUGUGACUCCAGAAAGCCCAGGAGGUAGCAUCUCUCAGCAAGCUCCUCCAGCCUCAGCGCUGGCGUCCUUUCAGUUCGUGUCAGAACUCAUCGAAAAAACUUCAAAGUAGCCAACACUGUGUGAAAACCAAGCUCCCCUCUCUCCUCCAUCGACCUGGGGAAUUGCUUUGAGCAGGCACGCUCGGAGAUGGCAUUGCUGCAGUUGUGACGGGAUCUGCAUUCAUGCCGGCUGAUGCAGAGGUGUUUUGCCCAUUAAAUCGUUGCCAGAUAAUAUCCUCCAUGGGAAACAUCCUAGAGCACAGAGUGGAGCAAGAGUAUUGUCUAAGGCAUAUGAGUCUAUCACGGUUAUUUUUGUUGCUGCUCUUACAGUUUGUCUCUCUUGAAGGAAAGCAGACUAGUUAUUUCAAGUAAUUUUUUUUUUUUAAACAAGAAAUUGGCACCAGCUGCUUCUUUUAUGCCAAAUGUCAGUCUGAAGUGAAUUAAAAUAGGCAGCUUAUAGCUCUUCCCCUUAAACCAGGGGCUCAUUAAGGAAAUAAUGACUGAGCCAAAGCUUCGGAAAGUACUGAGCGAUGACUAAUCCCCAUCAAGGACAAAUACCCUAUCUUUGAUUCAUCUCUUACUGAUGCGAAAGGGAUAUUCAUAACUUACAAACCCCAUUUCCCCCCUCCGCAAGUACAGACAUCCAGAAUUUCGCUCCUGUUUCAAGUAAUGUCAGAGUGUGCCAUCACAUGAAGGGGGGGGGGGGGGAAAUAAUUUUGCUCAGCUUUUUUUUUAAUUCUGUGUGUUUGCUGGCACGUAUCCAGUCAGCUCCCAAGUCCUUUGACAGCAAAAGGGAAGAAGAGUUUACAAAUUGCCUUUUCUAUACGCUUCAGAUGUUGUUAACCCCAGAUGCAGAACCCGAAUCUGCUUUGAGUUUCUUUCUCCUGCUUUGGCCCGUCAGCCAGGUUUGGGGUGAUUUCCGUCACUUUUACUGGACUCGUUAAUGUACCGAUGGGUCCCUGCCCUGCACGCUGGGAAGGUGUGACGGGCAAAGUCCUGCUAGUCUCAGCAGGGGAGGGAAAUAGGUGUGCGUGUCUGCGGGUGCAGGUGGGUGAGAGCGCAUGUGACUUCACGUGUAUGUUAUUUAGUGUCUCCUACUAGAGAAGCUUUUCCGAGACAUAGAUGUGCAUGUUAAAAUAGGAGAAUUAGGCAUAAAUGACAUAAAAAUGAGAUUUUUAGCCAGUGUUGUGUUUGCCUCGUGUGUACGUUUGACUAGUAAUGAGACGUUAAACUCUGCUAGGCUUCCAGUUACCCAUAAGAGCACAUGUAUCAAACUGAACUGAAUGUUCACUGAUAGACACAAAACCAAAAUGUUUACAGCAUUCAGAGCAAUAGCAAAGCAUACCUCAUGCCAGUCCUGGAGUGCCUCUCACCCGUCAGUACAAGCUCUCCCCUCCCUGGGGGUCUCUUGCUUCUCCCUCCAAACCCCUCUCUCCUCCUCAGCCCGGUCCUCGUGGUCUUCCCUCCUCCUCCUCCUUAGGGUUUCCUCCCUGAAGCACUCCUGUCCAUGCCAACCUUCCUCUCCACCAGCACUGUUUGUCCCCAUAAAUCUGAGCCUGGGUCUCAAAUAACUCCCUCCCAUGCCCUCUUGUUCGCAUCCCCUCCAUCCCCAUCUCUCCCUCCUCUCUUCUUUGCCUUUUGCUCCCCCAGACGCUUGUCUCUGGUCUUGCCAUCUUGCUCCUACAUACCUCCUACUGUCACUAUAAAGCUCCGAGUAGCUAUUCCUCGCCUGUUACAUAAGAAGAAAACGCUUCACGUAAUUUCUGCAUUAUCUUUCAUUCCUGGGGCUGCUGCGGUUGUCGUCUUCCUUGGUAUUGUGUUUUCUCCAGCAUUGCAGAGUUACAUCACAGAACUGGAAUUAAAGUACAUUUUGCUGCUAGACCAGAACGCUCUUCUCUACCACGCACCCCCUUGGGCUUUGCAGAGGCUUGGCUUGUCCCCAGUAUUGGGUCGUCUUCCUCCAUCCAGGCUCCAUGUGCUGCGCUUGUGGCAGGGGCUGGCCGGUUGAGAGGGCAGCCGUGCUGCGCAGAGGCAGCGGCUGCUUCGGCAGGGUCACAGCUGUGCUUCCUCUUGGCUUUCUGAUAUAAAAAAAAAAAAAAAAGAGUGUCAAUAAAGGUGUGUGUGUUGUAUUUGCUUAGUGAAGUCAGUCGUUCCGCUCUGCGCCUCCUCUUGGUUUUACUGGAGGGCUGUAUCUCUGAUUUGAGACUGCAGUAAACUCAACUGGAGUUCAGGGAACUGAGGGCAUGGGAGGGAGGUGGCACAAGGGGAUGAGUUUAUUAUUGAAAAAAACCCAAUGUUUCUGGCAAAAAGGCACAGAAGAAAAGGCAGCGCCUGCUUCUGGAGGGACCUGGCGUACCAAGGAGGUGUGGGCACCAUCCGUGGCGUGAAUCAUUUGUUUCCAGUAGCCCCACAGCUCCCAGUUUGCAUCAUGUGCUGCGUGCCCCAGGCUGGAUCUAAAACAUGACAGAUGAGGAGCUGCUCGGCUUUGCAUUUACAGCGUAGCUCACAGAAUCCCAGAACGGCAGGGGUUGGGAGGGACCUCUGGAGAUCAUCUAGUCCAACCCCCCUGCUAAAGCAAAACAGUGUUAUCCUAAGAGAAAUGUCUUCAUGUUGCUCUAUCGGUGCCCGCAGUCACCAGCUAAAAAGCAAGGAGGGGAAGGAGGCACCUUGUGUUGUGUGUACUUACGCAUUCCUCUGCGGGAUUACUGGUAGCGAAGAGAGCAGGGUACAAGUACUCCCUGGGGAGGAUCCCCCUUCCUUAGAAAACACGAUCAAACUAACUUCUCCUCCUGUAACUUCUCUCCCCGCUCCUCUACAAGCAACCCAAAUCAGAUACGCAGAGUUCAGAUUUUUCUUUAAGCACUCUGGCAUCUUCAUCUUUGGUGGGAUGGCCGUGUCCCACCAACAGGAAGGGGCCUUGGGGACCCAGCUCCAAACCCAAGCACUAAAUAAGGCUGUAUUAAAUAAUAAAGAUGCCUUGUUCCUUGGGAAACACACUUGCAGGUGGCUCAGAAGAGAUUUAGGAGGGCACGUACAGAACGAACUCAGAAGCGAGCCACCGGGUACCUGGGUAGAAAGAGCAGCUCUUUGAAGACCUUCCCUAUGCCACGUUUUUAUUUUAAUUAGGUCCUGAUGCUGUAACUGCCUCCGCAGUGCCUGGGUGCUGCUGGUGGUGGCAGGGAACAGCAGGAGCUGUUUGGGCAGGGCGCGCGGGCUGUUCAGUCUGAUUCCUUCCCGUUCAGGGGAAGGCAUGGGCUCGGGGUCGGGCUGACUUUCCCUCUGCAUUAGCUGCUCGUUUGCUAGGCUCACCUUCCCCUGACGAGGCUGGAGACGCUCCUCAGCCACACCAGAUGUCCGACCGGCA